AUGGCAAAUGGCAAUUGCCUGCCUACUGUUGGCGGUACUUUGCGAUUCUGUUCUGAACUGUAUGUUACUUGCAUACUACUUUGCAGUUCAGAGAUGGGGUUGUCUUUCACUAAGCUUUUCAGCCGGCUUUUUGCCAAGAAAGAGAUGCGUAUACUGAUGGUAGGUCUCGAUGCUGCUGGUAAAACUACCAUUCUAUAUAAGCUCAAGCUUGGAGAAAUUGUCACGACGAUUCCUACUAUUGGGUUCAAUGUAGAGACAGUGGAGUAUAAGAAUAUUAGCUUCACUGUCUGGGAUGUCGGGGGCCAGGACAAGAUCCGUCCAUUGUGGAGGCAUUAUUUCCAGAACACUCAGGGCCUUAUCUUUGUUAUUGACAGCAAUGACCGUGAUCGUGUUGUGGAAGCAAGAGAUGAACUGCACAGAAUGUUGAAUGAGGAUGAAUUGCGGGAUGCUGUUCUCCUCGUAUUUGCCAACAAGCAAGAUCUUCCAAAUGCUAUGAAUGCUGCUGAAAUAACAGACAAACUGGGCCUUCAUUCUCUUCGCCAACGUCAUUGGUAUAUUCAGAGCACUUGUGCAACUUCUGGUGAAGGGCUGUAUGAGGGGCUCGACUGGCUCUCAAACAACAUUGCUAACAAGGCGUGAGUGCUUUUCAAGGUGGAUAGUGCAUUAUUGGCCUUUUUAUCCUAUGUUUUGGGCUUUGUUGAAGUAUUAUUUCCUUAGCCUUCGCUUUAGUUUAAGAACACUAUCGUCUUCAAUCAAUUUGUUUGUUUUUGUUGUCAUGAUUUGUAGAUUUGUCAAUCUCGUGAACAUUUCUCUAGUCCUAUUUUGUACAAGUAGGAGUAAAAUAGUGGAUCCAACUUACUGUGCAUUCUUGUGCUUUCGCUUUGCGGGGACAACUGAUCUUAAAAGUUAAAAAAUAAAUGGUUCUACUGUUCUA